GCCCAAACCCAUAAUGAGAAGGAUCAAGAUCAAGAUCCAAUCCAAGACUUAGGUGGACCUAUGACAAGAGGCAUGCUCAGAAAAACACAAGAGGCAUUGCAAUACAAAGUGACCAAUUUGCUAAAGGCCCAACUAUUAAAAGAUCCAAACAUGGAGGAGUCUAGACCUAUCACAUACAUAGAAUGUUUGGAGAGCUAG